AGGAGAAAUGAAGCGGGUAGUUGAAUCAGUUCCACCAAACUAUCAUCUGAUCGCAUCUAUAGAAAUCUGAAGUCCUCGCACGCAUCCCGCCUUGCACACCACUUCUUUCCUGGAGAAGUAGAAAAUAAAAGGGGGAAUAGUAUAGCCGGAAAAGGGAGGAAAAUCGAAUUUUUUAUUGUAGCGUUUGACAAAAAUGCAUGUUUUGAUUGAUGGCAAGGGUGGAUACGACUGCUGGAUAUUGAAGGAGGAGAGAAGGUGACAUCUUUCUUCUUCUUCUUCUUUCAGGCGUUGAAUGGAUUUGGAUGGUGGUAGUUGUGAGAGGUAGUGUUUUGGCUGCUACAAGUGAUCAUGGGAAGAGGGAGGUGGGCAGAACCAUUGAAAUCGUUGCUAUCGUUGGGGCUUACGGUCCAGCAAUAGGUCGCAGGGUGCCUUAGCUCGGCUUGGUUAGCAGCCGGGGCAGAUAUUCAGGCUGUUCUUUGAUCAAGUUUUCAGCUUUAUCGCGGAGAUUCCGUCUACACCCACGGGAAAUUGCAUCUUGUCUGAAGGUCAUAGUUGAAAAGUCAUGGCAGAUUCUUUGCAUUUCAAUGGAGUUAUAAAUGGGAUGAUCCCAAUUAAGCAUGCAUCCCUAUCAGCAGAAGUUGAGCAAUUCUGUUAUGCUCUUGGUGGAAAGACUCCCAUACAUAGUAUAUUAGUUGCAAAUAAUGGAAUGGCAGCUGUUAAGUUCAUGCGUAGCAUUAGAACAUGGGCUUAUGAAUCCUUUGGAUCGGAGAAGACAAUUCUCCUGGUUGCUAUGGCAACUCCAGAAGACCUGAGAAUAAAUGCCGAACACAUUAGGAUUGCUGAUCAAUUUGUUGAAGUCCCUGGUGGAACCAACAACAACAAUUAUGCUAAUGUUCAACUAAUCGUUGAGAUGGCAGAGAUAACACAUGUUUCUGCUGUUUGGCCUGGUUGGGGUCACGCAUCUGAAAACCCAGAGCUUCCAGAUGCUCUGGCAGCCAAGGGAAUCAUAUUUCUUGGGCCUCCGGCUGCACCUAUGUCAGCCUUAGGUGAUAAGAUAGGAUCUUCGCUGAUUGCUCAAGCCGCCGGAGUGCCUACGCUGCCAUGGAGUGGCUCACAUGUAAGGAUUUCAGCUGAAAGUUGUUUGGAUUCUAUUCCCGAUGAUAUUUAUCGUCAAGCUUGUGUUUAUACAACAGAGGAAGCAUUGGCGAGUUGCCAAGUUGUGGGUUACCCAGCUAUGAUCAAAGCAUCUUGGGGCGGUGGCGGAAAAGGAAUUAGAAAGGUUCAUAACGACGAAGAAGUUAAAGCUCUAUUCAAGCAAGUACAGGGUGAAGUUCCAGGCUCUCCUAUAUUCAUUAUGAAGGUGGCAUCUCAGAGCCGACAUUUGGAAGUUCAGUUACUGUGUGAUCAACAUGGUAACGUUGCUGCUCUUCAUAGUAGAGAUUGCAGUGUUCAGCGAAGGCAUCAAAAGAUUAUUGAGGAGGGUCCAAUCACCAUAGCGCCUGUUGAAACCGUGAAGCAACUGGAACAGGCAGCAAGGAGGCUUGCCAAGUGCGUGAAUUAUGUUGGUGCUGCAACUGUUGAAUAUCUUUUCGGCAUGGAAACAGGAGAAUAUUAUUUUCUAGAACUCAAUCCUAGGUUGCAGGUAGAGCAUCCUGUAACUGAAUGGAUAGCUGAGGUAAAUCUUCCUGCUGCUCAAGUUGCAGUUGGGAUGGGAAUACCUCUUUGGCAAAUUCCAGAAAUUAGACGUUUCUAUGGGAUGGAUUACGGUGGAGGAUAUGAUGCCUGGAAGAAGACAUCAAUUGCUGCAACUCCAUUUGAUUUUGAUAAAGCAGAAUCUAUUGGGCCAAAAGGUCAUUGUGUUGCUGUUCGGGUAACCAGUGAGGAUCCUGAUGAUGGCUUCAAGCCCACUAGCGGGAAAGUACAGGAGCUUAUUUUUAAAAGCAAGCCCAAUGUUUGGGCAUACUUUUCAGUCAAGUCUGGAGGUGGCGUUCAUGAAUUCUCUGAUUCUCAAUUUGGACAUGUUUUUGCAUUUGGAGAAUCUAGAGCCCUAGCAAUAGCUAAUAUGGUUCUUGGGCUAAAGGAGAUCCAAAUUAGGGGAGAAAUUCAUACAAAUGUUGAUUAUACAAUUGAUCUUCUUAAUUCUGCAGAGUACAGAGACAAUAAAAUACACACUGGUUGGCUAGACAGCAGGAUUUCAAUGCGUGUUAGAGCUGAGAGGCCUCCUUGGUUCCUUUCUGUUGUUGGAGGAGCUCUUUAUAAAGCAUCUGCAAGCAGUGCUGCCAUUAUCUCUGAUUAUGUUGGCUAUCUUGUCAAGGGGCAGAUACCACCCAAGCACAUAUCGCUUGUGAACUCCAUUGUUUCUUUGAACAUUGAAGGAAGCAAAUAUACGGUUGAAAUGGUGAGGGGUGGACCUGGAACCUACAGGUUAAGGAUGAAUGGAUCAGAGGUAGAAGCGGAAAUCCAUACUUUGCGUGAUGGGGGACUUCUGAUGCAGUUGGAUGGAAAUAGUCAUGUGAUAUAUGCUGAAGAAGAAGCAGCUGGUACUCGCCUUCUUAUUGAUGGAAGAACUUGCUUGUUACAGAAUGAACAUGAUCCGUCCAAGCUUGUGGCAGAGACACCAUGCAAACUGCUCCGCUUUUUAGUACCAGAUGGUACGCAUCUAGAUGCUGAUACACCUUAUGCUGAGGUUGAGGUUAUGAAGAUGUGCAUGCCGUUAUUGUUGCCUGCAUCUGGAGUUAUUCAUUUUAUAUUGACUGAAGGCCAGGCCAUGCAGGCAGGAGAUCUUAUAGCCAAGUUGGAUCUUGAUGACCCAUCAGCUGUGAAGAGAGCUGAACCAUUUCAUGGAAACUUCCCAAAGCUAGGUCCUCCAGCUGCAGUUUCUGACAAAGUUCAUCAAAGAUGUGCUGCAAGUUUAAAUGCUGCAAGAAUGAUUCUUGCUGGCUAUGAUCAUAACAUCACUCAGGUUGUGCAAGAUCUACUAAACUGCCUGGACAGUCCGGAGCUUCCCUUCCUUCAGUGGCAAGAGAGCAUGUCAGUAUUGGCCACUCGUCUUCCAAAAGAUCUAAAAAAUGAGUUAGAUGCCAAAUACAAGGGGUAUGAGACAAUAUCAAGCUAUCAAAAGAACAUUGAGUUCCCUGCCAAGUUACUGAGGGCAGUUCUUGAGGCUCACCUCUCAUCCUGCUCUGAGAAAGAAAAUGUCACACUGGAGAGACUUGUGGAACCUCUAAUGAGUCUUGUAAAGUCACAUGAAGGUGGAAGAGAGAGCCAUGCUCGUGUAAUUGUGAUUUCUUUAUUUGAACAAUAUCUCUCUGUUGAGGAAUUGUUCAGUGAUACCAUUCAGGCUGAUGUCAUUGAGCGCCUCCGAUUACAAUAUAAAAAAGAUCUACUAAAAAUUGUGGACAUAGUUCUUUCCCAUCAGGGUGUAAGGAGUAAGAAUAAGCUAAUAUUAAGGCUUAUGGAGGCCUUGGUUUAUCCUAACCCUGCUGCAUAUAGGGAUCAACUGAUUCGUUUUUCUGCCCUUAAUCACACCACUUACUCCGAGCUGGCUCUGAAAGCAAGUCAACUACUUGAGCAAACAAAACUGAGUGAACUCCGCACGAGCAUUGCCAGAAGCCUCUCAGAGCUUGAGAUGUUUACUGAAGAAGGGGAGCGUGUGUCUACUCCAAGGAGAAAAAAUGCCAUCAAUGAAAGAAUGGAGGAUCUUGUUGGUGCUCCAUUGGCUGUUGAGGAUGCUCUUGUGUCUCUAUUUGACCACAGUGAUCCUACACUUCAGAGGAGAGUUGUUGAAACGUACAUCCGCAGGCUUUACCAGCCCUAUCUUGUGAAGGGUAGCAUUCGUAUGCAGUGGCACAGAUCUGGUCUUAUUGCUUUAUGGAAAUUUUCUGAAGAGCAUAUAGAGAAAAAAAAUGGGCCUGAGGAUACAGUGCCUGACAAACCUUUGUUAGAGAAGCAUUGUGAAAAUAGAUGGGGCGCCAUGGUGAUCAUCAAAUCUCUACAAUUCCUACAUGCUGCAAUCAGCGCUGCACUGAAGGAAUCAACAAAUACUUUGAAUUCUGAGGGUGAUGAUGAACUGAUUUCAAAGGACGUUUCAGAUAAGGCUAGUCAUGGCCACAUGCUGCAUGUUGCAUUGGUUGGUAUUAACAACCAAAUGAGUUCACUUCAGGAUAGUGGUGAUGAAGAUCAAGCUCAGGAGAGGAUACAUAAGCUUGCAAAAAUUUUAAAAGAGGAAUCUGUCAGCUUUGAUCUCAGAGAUGCAGGGAUUAGAGUUAUUAGUUGUAUCAUACAGAGGGAUGAGGGGCGAGCUCCAAUGCGUCAUUCGUUCCAUUGGUCAUUAGAAAAGCUCUAUUAUGAUGAAGAACCUCAACUUCGGCACUUGGAGCCUCCUCUCUCUACCUUUCUUGAAUUGGACAAACUCAAAGGCUACAAAAAGGUGCAGUAUACACCAUCCCGAGAUCGGCAGUGGCAUCUGUUCACUGUUCUUGAGGGAAAUAUACCAAUUCAAAGGAUGUUUCUUCGGACGAUUGUUAGACAACCAAGCACAAACGAGGGGUUUUCACUAGGCCCUGCACUUGAUAUUGAGACCUCUCAAGCAAAGCAGUCCAUGUCCUUUACAUCAAUCUGUAUAUUAAGGUCAAUAUUGACAGCACUUGAGGAAUUAGAACUGAAUGUUCAUAAUGCAACCACCAGAUCAGAAUAUUCUCACAUGUAUCUUUGCGUGCUGAGAGAACAGCAGCUUUAUGAUCUUGUACCAUUUUCAAGAGCUUUCGAUGAGGCAUCUGGCCAAGAGGAUCGUGUAGUGUACUCGAUUUUGGAAGAGUUGGCUCUCAAAGUUCAUGAACUGGUUGGUGUGCGUAUGCAUCGUCUAGCUGUUUGUGAGUGGGAAGUCAAGCUUUUCCUGGCUACUGAUGGACUUGCUCAUGGUGCAUGGAGGAUUGUAGUCACCAAUGUUACUGGUCACACUUGCACUGUUCAUGUCUACCGAGAAGUGGAGGACAGCAAAACCCAUGAAGUUGUGUACCAUUCUGCCUCUUCCUUGUCUGGUCCUUUGCAUGGUGUGCCUCUGAGUGCUUUGUAUCAGCCUUUAGGUGUCAUUGAUAGAAGGCGUUUAUCAGCAAGAAGGAACAACACCACUUACUGUUAUGAUUUUCCACUGGCUUUUGAAACAGCACUUCGGAAGUCUUGGGCUUCUAAUUUGUUGGAUAACAAGGAAGGAAAAGGACGCAAGGACCUACUCAAGGUCAGGGAGCUUGUAUUUGCUGAUAGAAGGGGAACUUGGGACACUCCCCUUGUUCAUGUGGACCGCUCUCCUGGUCUUAAUGAUGUAGGCAUGAUUGCAUGGUUCAUGGAGAUACUAACACCAGAGUUCCCUAAUGGAAGGAAGAUCAUUGUUGUUGCAAAUGAUGUUACUUACCAAGCCGGGUCAUUUGGUCCAAAAGAAGAUGCUUUCUUCUAUGGUGUGACCAACCUGGCUUGCAAGAUGAAGCUUCCUUUGAUUUACCUUGCUGCAAAUUCCGGUGCUAGGAUUGGAGCGGCAGAGGAAGUCAGAUCUUGCUUUCGUGUUGCUUGGUCUGAUGAUCUCAAUCCAGAACGUGGAUUCCAGUAUAUUUAUCUCACACCAGAAGAUUACUUUCGUAUUCAAUCAUCAGUCAUAGCCCAUGAGUUGAAACUUGAAAGCGGUGAGACCAGAUGGGUUGUAGACAGCAUUGUUGGAAAACAAGAUGGUUUAGGCGUUGAGAAUCUUGCUGGAAGUGGCGCCAUUGCCAGUGCUUAUUCAAAGGCAUAUAAGGAAACCUUCACUUUGACUUUUGUCACCGGACGAACGGUUGGUAUCGGAGCUUAUUUGGCACGGCUCGGCAUGAGGUGUAUCCAACGUCUUGACCAUCCAAUUAUUCUCACUGGCUUCUCUGCUCUAAAUAAACUUCUUGGCCGUGAAGUCUACAGCUCCCAUAUGCAGCUUGGUGGUCCAAAAAUAAUGGCAACAAAUGGUGUUGUUCAUCUGACAGUGCCUGAUGAUAUUGAGGGUAUUUCAGCAAUCCUCAAGUGGCUCAGCUUUGUUCCUCCUUAUGUUGGUGGACCUCUUCCUAUUUCUGUAUCAUUGGAUCCACCACAGAGACCAGUGGACUACCUGCCUGAGAACUCCUGCGACCCUCGGGCCGCCAUAAGUGGGAUAAAGGAUAGCAGUGGUAAGUGGUUAGGAGGCAUCUUUGACAAAGAUAGCUUUGUGGAGACACUAGAAGGUUGGGCCAAGACAGUGGUCACUGGGAGAGCAAAGUUGGGAGGAAUUCCUGUUGGGGUUAUUGCAGUUGAAACGCAGACAGUUAUGCAAGUGAUCCCUGCUGAUCCUGGCCAACUUGAUUCACAUGAAAGAGUUGUACCUCAAGCUGGGCAAGUCUGGUUCCCUGAUUCUGCCACCAAGACUGCGCAAGCAUUGAUGGACUUCAACAGGGAGGAGCUUCCACUCUUCAUCCUUGCAAAUUGGAGGGGUUUCUCUGGUGGUCAAAGGGACCUCUUUGAAGGUAUUCUACAGGCAGGUUCCACCAUUGUCGAGAACUUGAGGACGUAUAAGCAGCCGGCCUUUGUUUAUAUUCCUAUGAUGGCAGAACUUCGUGGUGGAGCCUGGGUUGUGGUGGAUAGCAAGAUCAACCCUGAACAGAUCGAGAUGUAUGCCGAAAGAACUGCCAAAGGAAAUGUACUUGAACCUGAAGGGAUGAUUGAGAUCAAGUUCAGGCCGAAAGAGAUUAUGGAGUGUAUGGGGAGGCUCGAUCAAGAGCUCAUCUCGCUGAAAUCCAAGCUUCAGGAGGCCAAGGCUGGAAUUGGAGGCCAUGAGAGUGUGGAUUCUCUUCAGAAGAGCAUUUCAGCUCGUGAGAAACAGCUGCUGCCUGCUUACACUCAGAUAGCAACAAGGUUUGCAGAGUUACACGAUACUUCCCUGCGGAUGGCUGCGAAGGGCGUGGUCAAGGAGGUAGUCGAUUGGAAGGGCUCUCGUUCUUUCUUCUAUAAGAGAUUGAACAGGAGAGUUUCCGAGUGGUCGCUUAUAAAAUUGGUAACUGCUGCUGCAGGGGACGAAUUGUCUAAUAAAUCUGCACUUGAGCUCAUCAAGAAUUGGUUUUUGGCUUCUGGGGCUAACUGGGAGGAUGAUGAGUCUUUCUUUGCUUGGAAAGAUGAUCCGCUAAACUAUGAAAAACAUCUGAAAGAUCUGCGAGCUAAGAGGUUGUUGUCUCAGCUCUCCAGCCUUGGAGAAUCAUCUUCAUCUGACUUGGAAGCUCUUAAGCAAGGCCUUUCUGCCCUUCUCUCUAAGAUUGAGCCUUCAAGUCGAGCACAGUUGAUAGAAGAAGUUCAGAAGUUAUCUGGCUGAUUGCUUUUGUAUGGAUAGCAUGAAAUGGAAUUUCAUUGUAUAAUAUAAUUCAUUCCUUGCAGCCAGGUAUUGUGAAAGAGCAUGGGAUAUUUCUUUUCUCCUUGGCAGCACGGAUGAUAGUGUAUUUACAUCUUCUGUGUCUUAAUAUUUAUACAUAGGGUGGGUUGAGGCAGUAGAAAUUGUUGAAUUGAUCUCUGUUAAUGUUGAUGAGAUGAUUGAGAUCAAUGAGUUUGUGUUUUUGAAGCAAUUAUUUCCAUUAAACAUUAAGAUUAAUGCAAGUUAUAUUUUUUAUAACUUCAUCAAAA